AUGCAAUUUUUUUUUAAGUUAGUUGUUUUGCUUUGUUCUUUGGCAUUGGCCUCUGCGGCAGAUAUUGACAACAUCUCAUUUUCUAAUUUAGAAAUUGCCCCGCUGACUUCCAAUAAACAACCUGAUCAAGGCUGGACAGCAAGCUUUGAUUUUACCAUCGCAGACUCAUCUUCCAUCAAAGAGGGUGAUCAGUUCACGUUAUCAAUGCCACAUGUCUAUAGGGUUAAGUUAUCAGACCCAUAUCAAAUGACAACCAUUUCUUUAAAUGAUGGUACUGAGGCUUUCAAAUGCUACGUUUCCCAACAAGCCGCCUACCUAUAUGAAGAUACAAUUUUGACUUGCACUGCUCAAACUGAUUUGUCUUCUUAUAAUUCCAUUGAUGGCUCUAUAACAUUUUCCCUCAACUUUAGCAACGGUGAUUCUAACUAUGAGUAUGAGUUAGAAAACGCUAAAUAUUUCAAGAGUGGACCUAUGCUCAUUCAACUCGGUGAUCAAAUGUCUGGUGUGGUAAAUUUCGAUUCUGCUACAUUUACAGAAAACGUUUUACAUUCUGGGCGUACAACUGGUUACGAUUCCUUUGAAAGUUAUCACUUGGGUAUGCGCUGUCCAAAUGGGCAUUUCUUAGGUGGCACUGAAAAGAUCAAUUAUGAUAAUUCUAAUCACAAUGUUAAUCUGGACUGUUCUUCAGUUCAGGUCCAUUCCUCUAAUGACUUUAACGAUUGGUGGUUCCCACAGAGCUAUAAUGAUAUAAAUGCCGAUGUCACUUGUUUUGGUAACAGUUUGUGGAUUACACUCGACGAAGAACUAGAUAAUGGUGAAAUGGUAUGGGUUAACGCGUUACAAUCCCUUCCAGUUGGUACGAAUACUAUCGAUCAUGUCUUGCAAUUUCAAUAUUCAUGUCUUGAUACCAUAGCAAAUACCACUCACGUUACAGAAUUUUCGACUACUAGGGAAUUUAUUGUUUAUCAAGGCGAGAACCUCGCUACAGCUAGCGCAGAAAACGCAUUUAUCCCUAGUACAAAACUUAUAUCAACCACCACAACUGGAUGGACAGGCACAUACACAAGCACGUACUCCACUGACUCGACUUUUACAGUCGGGACAGACACUCAAACCACGCCGG